GCCAUCAACAUCAUGAAUAAGGGCAAGUUCUUCCUGACUAGCCAAGAGCCGCUCCUGAGUCACGCCAUCAUGGGAUUCAGCCCUCCUGGAAGCGAAUGGACAAUGUCACUGCUGCAUCUGUCAUCGAUGCAGUUUGGCGACGCAGGUCGAGGCCCAGGUAUACAGGGCAAGAUGCCAUUCGCGUUGGACACGUCGUUCGAGGGGGAAUACAGAUGGCGGAAGUCUUCCCAAGGCCACCAAGCUACGGAGCCAUCGUUCUUCGACAGGGCACCCAACCUUGUUACGCCGAUGAAGACGUAGAGUAUCUUCAGCAAGUCGCACGCCGCGCCAAGGAGAGGUGGAAGAAGAGAGGCACCGAGAAGUGAUGCGCUCACUGUGGAGAUGCUAAGCCGAAGCUCAAGUGUGGUGGACGCGGUGAUGUCUGGUCAUGCGAUAGGGAGCCUCAUAAGAAUGUUUGGCCCUCCACAAGGGAUACUGCAACAAGGGAUACUGCAACAAGGAACCUGUCGGUAUCUCCGUGGAAGAGAUGGAGAUGCUCCUAGAGUUUGGGCAAUCACCCGAGGACCGCGCAAAGCCGUCGAAGAAGUCAACAUCUAAGGGUAGUCAAGUACGUAACAAGCGAAUGGAAUG